AUGGUGGAUCUCGCGAUGAUGUCGUGCGUGAACAAGGAGGACCUGAGAAAGCUUAUACCCAAAGAGCUCUACCCGACCUGGGUGCAGUUCCCGGAGUUCGAGCGGGUGGAGUGGAUCAACUACUUCCUCCGUGAGCUCUGGCCCAAGCUCAGAGAGGCCAUAUCAGGCGCGGUGAUGAUGCAAAUAGGCCCAGUGCUGGAGAGCUACCGCCCCCCCAUGAUCUCCUCGCUCAAGCUCACCAAGUUCAACCUCGGCCGCCUGGCCCCGCAGCUGGGAGGCAUAGACGUGGUGGAGACGAGGGCGGACGAGGUGGUGCUGCAUGUGGACUUCAACUGGGUGGGCGACCCCUCCAUCAUCCUCGCCAUCAAGACCGUCGUGGGCGUCGCGCUGCAAGUGCAGGUGGGUGGUGUGGCCCUCCCUCACCCCUCUCGUCACCAACUGCCUGCCUGUUCUUUCCUCUCCUGUUUCGUGACAGUACACAUAUUUUCUCUCCUCUCCUCUUCGCCCCAUUCCCCGCACUUCCUUGCUCGCCACCAGGUGAAGAACCUUCAAAUAUGGGGAGUGUUCCGCGUGGCGCUCACGCCCCUCAUCCCCACCAUCCCAUGCUUCGGCGCCAUUGUCUUCGCCUUCACAAAGAAGCCCGAGGUGAAGUUCAAGCUCAAGGUGGCGGGCGGUGACAUUGCGGCCGUACCUGGCCUGGGAGAUGCCAUUGAUGAUCUGAUUCGCUCAGCCAUCAUGGAUUCGCUGGUCUGGCCGGUGCGCCAUGUCAUCCCCAUUGUGCCCGGCAACUAUGAGUACCUACAGAUGCGCACGGUGGGCGUGCUGGAGGUGAAGCUGGUGGAGGGCAGGGACCUCAUGCGCACGGUGGGAGUGCUGGAGGUGAAGCUGGUGGAGGGGAGGGACCUCGUGAACCUGUCGCUGCUCGGCACCAUCGACCCCUACGCCACUCUCUUCGUUCGCCCCAUCCCUGCCCGCACCCGCCGCAGCCGCACCAUUGCCAACUCGGUGAACCCACUUUGGAACCACUCGUUUGAAUUCACCGUGGAGGACCCCGAGACACAGAGGCUCGUCAUCAAGUGGUGGGACGACCAGGAGCGGUCCGUGCGGCAGGAGGAUGAAAGGCAGUGCGAGGCACCCCGCAGCUCACCCAUGGCCUGCUUCCCCUUGCCCUCCCAUCCCAUCCCCAUGCAUCACUUGCAGGUGUGGGAUGACCAGGAGCUGACGGCAUCUCAGCCAGUGUGGGAUGACCAGGAGCUGACGGCAUCUCAGCCAGUGGGGCAGGCGGCCAUUGUACUGGCAGACCUGCCCCCGCUGAAGCUGGUGGACCGGUGGGUGCCCGUGGUGAAGGACGUGGACGACCCCAAGGCUGACACCCGCCCUCGCGGCUCGGUGCGUGUGGAGGUGCUGGCAUGGGUCAACUCACAACGUUCCUUCUCCUUCACUCUCUCCCCUCCUCCCCACCCACCCCCGCUUCUCAUCUCUCAGCUGCAUCUGGAGCUGCUCUACCGGCCUGUGGACGAGAACGGGGUGCUGCUCGCCCCAGCCUACUUCACCCCACCAGCUCCCAAGACGCUCCAGGAGGCAACAGCAGCAGCCAACGCUGCAGAGGCACGGAAAACGCGGCAGGCGGGCGUGGGGUUUCUGAGCCCUAUCAAGGCGCAGCAGCAGGAGGAGGGCGAAGAGGGGGGUGAUGUGCCGGCGAUGGCUCUGGGUGGGGAUCAGGGGGGGCUGGGGGUGGAGGACGGGGAGACCAAGUACUUGAGAGGCGUGCUGCAGGUGGUGCUGCUGUCGGGGCGAGAGCUCGUGGCGUGUGAUAUGAAUGGGCUCAGUGACCCGUUUGCUGUUCUUGAGCUACAGCUGGGAGGGCAGAGGAGGAAGUCACAGGUGGUGAAGAAGACGCUGGAGCCGGAGUGGAAUGAGAACUUUGAAUUCCUGGUGGAGGACGGCAAGCACGACAUGCUCGUGGUGGGGCUCUUUGACCACGACCUGCUGGGCAAGAAGGACAGCAAGCACGACAUGCUCGUGGUGGGGCUUAUCGACCACGACCUGCUGGGCAAGAAGGUGGGCUUUCCUUAUAACGUGUUGCUGGUGAGUAUCUGUCACGGCCUUGGUGGAGGAUGA